CAAUCUGUUAUUGCGACGGGAGGGUAGCUUGUGUUUGAAAUUCUUCGCGCUGAGAACUUCCUCCUGUUCUCUGAAUAGAUUUAUUUGUGGGUAAAAUAUAGGUGUUUACAGAGUUUGGUCACCCCGUGAUUUUUCAUUCUACCGAGUUCACCUCACUUUAUUCUGAAAGCUGCCACCAGUGAGAAUGGGGGGGACCGAGGUGUGCAGCCACGUCAAGGUGGUUGUCCGUGUGCGGCCCCCGAAUAACCGGGAGCAGUCUUCCGGCUUCAAGAGGGUGGUCCAGGUGCUGGACAGCCACAUGCUCAUCUUUGACCCCAAAGCAGAAGAGGUGACGUUUUUCCGCGGGCAGAAAAUAGGCAACAGAGACGUCCGCAAAAGGGCAAACAAGGACCUCAAGUUUGUGUUCGAUAACGUCUUCGGCGAGACCAGUGAGCAGAUUGAAGUGUUCGAGAAUACCACUAAAGGAAUCGUGGACGGCGUCCUAAAUGGUUACAACUGCACAGUGUUUGCAUAUGGGGCCACGGGCGCUGGGAAGACCCACACCAUGCUGGGAUCCACGGAUGACCCGGGUGUCAUGUACCUGACCAUGAAGGAGCUGUACAGCCGCAUGGACCAGAUGAAGGACGAGAAGGUGUUUGAGGUGGCCUUCUCCUACCUGGAGGUGUAUAAUGAGCAGAUCCGGGAUCUAAUGGCUAACUCAGGAGCACUGGCGGUUCGAGAGGACAACUGCAAAGGAGUUGUGGUACAGGGGCUCACAGUGCAUCAGCCUAAAUCUGCAGAGCACAUCUUAGAAGCGCUGGAUUAUGGCAACAAAAAUAGAACCCAGCACCCCACAGAAAUGAACGCCACCUCCUCGCGGUCUCAUGCCGUCUUCCAGGUGUACCUGAGACAGCAGGACAGUUCAGCCAGCCUGAACCCAAACGUGCGCGUGGCCAAGAUGAGCCUGAUCGACCUGGCGGGCUCGGAGCGAGCCAGUGCCACCAACGCCAAGGGAGCGCGGCUCCGAGAGGGUGCCAACAUCAACCGCUCGCUGCUCGCCCUUGGCAACGUCAUCAACACCCUCGCCGACCCCAAGAGUAAGAAAACACACAUCCCGUACCGGGACAGCAAGCUGACUCGUCUGCUAAAGGAUUCGCUCGGAGGGAACUGUCGCACGGUGAUGAUCGCUAACGUCAGCCCAUGCUCUGCCUCGUAUGAAGACACGCACAACACACUCAAAUACGCCAAUCGGGCCAAGGAGAUCAAGUCUUCACUGAAGAGAAAUGUAGUCAGCCUGGACAGUCAUAUCAGCCAGUAUGCAGUGAUAUGUGAGAAACAGCGUGCCGAGAUCCAACAGCUAAAGCAGAAACUGAUGGACUAUGAAGGCAGAAAGCAAGAGGCCCCUCAGACCAAUGGCAUCUCUGCACAGCGGAAGGAGGAACUGCUAAAGAUGUCAGAUUCUCUACGGAGUGUGUUUGCUAACCGCGUGACGCUGCGGCGGGAGCAGCUGGACGUGGAGCGCCAGAUCAAAGAGAGCGAGCUGAGGCGGCGGCACCGCGAGGAUGUCCAGCAGCAGAGCCUGUUGCUCUUCCCCGACGACAAGGCCAAGAAGGCCACGUGUCGGUAUGAGCGUAAGCUGGCCUCACUGCAGGCCCAGCGGCAGCACCUGGAGCGUCGGCGGGAGGAGGCGGAGCAGCGUUUCCAUGACAACGACGGCUGGCUACACCGCGUGGAGAACAACAUGAAGAUGCUGGGUCAGGACGGACGCACGCCCGAGGAGCUUCAACAGGAGUUGCGUUGUGAGCGGCUGCAGUUACAGGUGGAGGAUCUGAAGGCCCAGAUGGAUCACACAAGCCAGCUGAUUGGCAUUCAGGACCAAGACAACAAACACACACACAAGCUUGUGAGUGCCCUUCUGACCGCCUACAGGAAGCAGAAUGCGGCCCUACAGGAAGCGGGCGUUGCCAUGGAGACGUACUCAGCGGAACACGACGAGCUAGAGCACCUGGUGCAGAGGGAAAGGGGCGUGGUCUGGGCCGACCAGUCGGCAGAGGAGAGUGGACAGGAGGAGGUGCAUACGACAGACCCCGCCUCCUGUUUACAGCCACUGAUGGCCUUCUCCCACCUCAUCUCUCAUAAGAACACUCCCUGCAGUGCAGAGAAACAGCCGCGGCGAGUAUCCAUGCGCCUGAGAGCUUCUCUGACGUCCACCCAGCCGGCCACAGCUACCGCUGCUACCACAGCCCCUGCUGUUGCCCCCGCUGAGAAACCUGCCCCUCCUCCUGCAGCUCAGGACCCCCUUGCGAAGAAGCCAAUUCGACGGAAGCUGGCAGUGUCGCCCCCGGAAACGACCCAGCCACCGGUCACCGCCAUGGCAACACUGUGUCCCCCUGAUGUGCAGGAGGUGUGUCGCCAGGAGGGCAUGUUCGCGCUGCAGUACACUCCCGAGGUGUUUCAGCGCCCUCGCCAGGACCACAGCCACAACCCCACCAAUGCUACCAACAUCACUGUGACCUAUGACCCCGACGCCACCUUUGAAAUUGGCGUCUGCGAGGACACAAAGCCGAGCGACGGCACGAUUAUACUUUCUGAGGGGUCGCCCACGACAACCGGUCAGAGUAUCCCCAGCAACACAAAGGCUCUGAGGCCGAACAACCUCAACGAGCCCCCGAAAAGGUUUGAAAUUCCCUCUCUACUGGAUAUCCGUCGCCAUAAACCGUCCUACAUGAGCAUGACCUCAGCAGCAAUUGGCAAACGCAAACUAAACGGCAGCAAGGAGACAGGUGCAGACGGCACUCAUGGUCUGGCAGCUCCCAAACGCAUCAAACACGACCCCGGCAUGCCUUUCAAACCUCUGCGUGUGCGGAAGGGAGGAGUGACGUCGGAGAACGAGGUGAAACGACAGGUGGUGCGCAGCAUCUCCGAGGGCAACCUGCACAUGAUGGAGGGCGGCAAGUCCAAGUCCAAGCCCAGCCUCAGGAACACACUCUUCCGCCGGGUGACCAAACGCCUCUGAGCCCCUCUGCAGAUUCCCUCCCAUACACGUUUGUGCCCAGGACACAUACACACACACGCAUCGUAGUACUGCAUCCCAUGCUCUGAGCUCCACUGUCCACUCCACCCACCGUCUCUCCAUUAACCCCCUGUGCACGCGGAGGAAAGAUACGAGAGGCAAAUAGUUCCGUUUUGUUUUCUCGCUGAAAACUAGAUGUCAUUAAGUCAUAAAAGGAUUUCAUGAUGAAUCAACUGGAAUUGAUAGGGAUAUGAGGUAUGAUUGUUAAUAUAGAUAGGUUGUGGAUUCAUCUAGUCUUUUAACAUUGUUGAUUUUAGUGGACUGUAUCAAUAACCAUGUGGAAUGUGACCAGAUCUCUUACAUCUUUUAAUAAAAUAGUUCCUCUAAAUAAAUAGUGUCUCUUUCAAAGGGAAUAUAAAACGAAUUGAUGAAUGUGUUAUUCUGUGCGUCUUUGUUGUGGUUGGUAUAUGUAUGUCAUGCCUUUUCUGUUCUGUGUUGGAUCUUCCUCUAAAUGUGAAGGAUUAAAAUUUGCUUCUGUUUUAAAUGCAA